UGAGGUGUUGCGGCCAUUGGUGGCACUAAUAGAGUCUGCCGCUUUAGUGCCGCAUCAUUUUGCCAACGUUUCAGUUCAGUUGUAAUUAACGUGCGAAUCCAAUUGGUAGUGAUUGUCGUUGUAACUACUUCCUCAACAAUGGCACUUCGUCGUAGAUUUGCCAGUGUAUUGAUAGCUCAUUGCUGAGCCGACCGCAAGCAUUCAUCUUUUGCCGUGUUUUAGUUAUUGUGCAGCUGCAUGACGUCGCUAAAUUUCAGCUAACUCGGGUUCGAUUGCUCGUAGCUUUAUUUGUGUGUUUGUGUGUGCUGUUUUUUGGGGGGCGCUUGUGAAAUUUUCGGCGAAUAGCCGCAAGAAGUAAUGAGAAAAAUGCUGUUGGCGCGAAGGUUUCGUCACAUCCUUAAAAUGGCCUUAACUGUGUCAUUGCGGCGCGUAUUGUUGUUGCUGCUGACGGCAACGAUAUUCAUACUGAUGGUUUUGUACUGGAAUCAGGACGGCAUGAAGCCACAAUCGUUUUUAGUUGAAAAAUCAAUGAAGCGCCGAGCUGACGUUAAUAAACGGCCGCCAAUACCUGACGAAAAACUCUGGACCUAUAAAUGCGAAAAUGAGCGCUGCGUGCGGCAUACAUAUCCCACGAAUGAUGGCGGCGGCUCAGCUUCUGAUCGUCGUAUACCAUUCAUGACAUGUGCCAUGACUUGCGGUGAAGUCAACAUUUGGCCACAUCCAACAAUAAAGACUGCCAUCAGUUCGGUAUCGCUGAAAUUCACCAUGGAAGAUGUGCAACUGCGCAUGGACACACCGCACAGCGCAGUUGAAACGCAGUUCAAGCAAGCAUUCGCCUACUUUCUCAGCGAUCUGCGACGCAUACAACGGCUACCGAGUGCGGAAGAGAGCACCGAGAGUGUCGGUGGUGGUGUUGCAGGUGGUGCUGAUCGGGCAGCGGCUACGGAUGUUAAUUCGGGUGGUCGGUCGCCACUUUCCGAACACCAUCAAAAUCAGCAACAACAAAAGCAGCAGCAACAACAUCAUAAUAGUCGCGCACGACGUGACACCGCUGACGCUGGCCAUCACAAUACGCACGCACAUCCGGGCGCUGCUGCGGCGGGUGUUGGGGAUUCGGAGUCGCCGGGCGCCUAUCAUCAUCGGCACAAGCGUCGUCACAUUGAUAUUGGCAGAGCGUUGGGCAACACUUUGGGUGACAAUAUGGCACCGGCGGCUAUUUUGAGUAAUGUCUUCAACACACGUCGCCACUGUGAUGUGGACACGCUGCUUGUGCAAGUGGAGGUGCAUAAAUCGGGUGAAAUUAAUUUGAGUUUGGAUACCGAUGAGAGCUACAAGCUAUCCGUUGCACAUGAGCGUCGCACCGUUAACAUUCACAUAACCGCGAAUUCUUUCUUCGGCGCACGUCACGCCCUCUCUACACUACAGCAAUUGAUUUGGUACGACGAUGAAGAUAAUCUGUUGCACAUCCUGUCGAAGGCCAUAAUUAUAGAUACACCCAGAUUUCGUUAUCGUGGUCUUAUGUUGGACACGUCACGUCACUACUUCUCGGUGGAGGCCAUUAAACGCACCAUCGUCGGUAUGUCACAUGCGAAGCUCAAUCGCUUCCAUUGGCACAUAACAGAUUCGCAGAGUUUCCCCUAUGUGUCGAAGCAUUUCCCCGAAAUGGCUAUACAUGGCGCCUACUCGGAGCAUGAAACCUACACAUUCGAAGAUGUGCGAGAGGUGGCGGCGUUUGCGCGCGUACACGGCAUACAGGUGUUGCCGGAGAUCGAUGCGCCGGCGCACGCUGGCAACGGCUGGGAGUGGGGACCAAAACGUGGCCUUGGCGAAUUGAGUUUGUGCAUAAAUCAACAGCCGUGGAGUUUCUACUGUGGCGAACCGCCAUGCGGGCAAUUGAAUCCUAAAAAUAAUAAUACGUAUUUGGUGCUGCAACGCCUAUAUGAGGAAUUAUUAAAUGCCACCGGUCCAACGGAUUAUUUUCACCUCGGCGGCGAUGAGGUGAAUUUGGAAUGCUGGGGCCAGUACUUCAAUGACACCGAUUUGCGUGGAUUGUGGUGCGAUUUUAUGCUCAAUGCAAUGGCGCGCUUGAAAAUCGCCAAUAAUAAUGUGGAGCCGCGCGUGGUGAGUGUGUGGUCCAGCGGUCUGACCAACACCAAAUGUCUUCCAAGUAGCCGUUUUGCUGUGCAAGUAUGGGGCGGCAGUACGUGGCAGGAGAACUACGAUCUCAUUGAUAAUGGUUUUAAUGUGAUAUUCUCGCACGUGGAUGCCUGGUAUUUGGAUUGUGGUUUUGGCAAUUGGCGUUCAACUGGCGAAGGUGCCUGCUCGCCGUAUCGCACCUGGCAAAAUGUCUACAAACACAGACCCUGGGAGCGCAUGCGUCUCAAAAAAGCGCAGCGAAAGCAGGUUUUGGGCGGCGAAGUUUGCAUGUGGACUGAGCAAACCGACGAGUAUCAAAUAACCACGCCCACCUUGGAUAAUCGAUUAUGGAAACGCUGCUGCGCUGAUGGUGAAAGGUUAUGGAGCGAUUUGGAGGAUGAUCGAGAGUUCGAUGUUGUGCCACAGGAUGUCUUCAAACGCAUGUCCGUGUUUCGCAAUCGGCUGGUCGAACUGGGCCUGGAGGCGGAGCCCAUAUUUCCUAAAUUCUGUGCACAGCAUCCCGGCGAAUGCAUUUGAUAUUACUACUAAAUGCCGACCUAAGCAGCAUUUGUACAUAUGUAUGUACGCGUAUACGCAGGUAUAUAGAAAUCUCGAAUUACUCAGUUUGGAUCGAUUUGUGCCUAAACAGUGUAAAAUUCAUAUUCAAGCCCGAGUCGUCGAAUUUUUACUUUUUGAUUUUUUUUUUUUUUUUUUUUUUUAUUAUGUCUGGUUUUCAGCUAUAAUUUUUGUUAAAAAGUUACUCGAUUGAUUUUAGUUCUAGCUUAAGAUUAAUAAAAUUAGUCAAUGUAAAUCUGCUGUAUAGCUGGAAAUUUAUAAAGCUAGUACCAAUAACAUUGGAAAACGACGAGGAAAGACGAAGUGCAGCAGUUUUGUUAGCUGGCAGUGAGACGCCUAUGAGGAAAUUGUGCGAUAUUUAUAUACAUGUAUCGUGUUUUUUUAACAACUAUUAGUGCAAUUGUUUUGUAUUUAACUUAGGUAUUUUUAUUUAAACCAAUAUACAUACAUACAUAUAUACAUAAAUUAUAUUUAGAGUAUUUUAUUACACACUGUUUAAGAAAAAAGCCUGCAAAUUAUUUGGGUUUUCGAAUUCAAUCGAAUAUUAUGUAACAAAUUAACGCACAUACAACAAUUUUAAAAAGCUAAUUCAAUAUUUGCUGUAUUUUAAGCUGCUGAAAGACAAACGUUUUUGUAAGCACCAGGGUUGAAUUUUUUAAUUCAAAAAUUUUUUAGGAAAAAUUAGAUUUUCAAUUUUUAAUAAAUUUUUUUUUUAAUUUUAUUGUUUUUUUAUAUUUAAACAGAUUUUAAAUUUAUUGAAAUUUACAAAAAAAAAAUGUCUCAACAUCGUAUUUAAAAAUUAAAAAUUUAAUUAAAGAUAAAAAUUAAAUAAUAAAAAAAUUACACAUCCAAAAUGUUGAAAAAAUGCGAUUAAAAAUUGAAUACCUAAAAUUAAAAAAAAAAAUAUUUGUUUUUAAUUCUUAUUAUUUUUUAUAUUUAAACAAAUUUUAAAAUUAUUGAAAUUAACAAAAAAAAAAUUUUAUCUCAAUAUCGAGUUUAAAAAUUGAAAAUUUUAUAAAAUAAUGAAAAUAAAAAAUAAAAUAAUUCCACAUCCAAAAUGUUGCGAUUAGAAAUUGAAAACCUAAAAUUAAAAAAAAAAUAUUUAUUAUUAAUUUUUAUUAUUUUUUAUAUUUAAACAAAUUUUAAAAUUAUUGAAAUUAACAAAAAAAAAAAUUUGUCUCAAUAUUAAAUUAUGUUGCGAAUAAAAAUUGAAAAUCUAAAACUAAGAAUUUAUUUUAAAUUCGUUUUUAGGGUUUAAGGUUUUUUUUUAAUACCGUUUUUGGAAUUAAAUUUGUUUCUAUCUGGUAUAUAAAUAUUUAUAUAAUCAUUAUUUUUUUAGUACAUUAUUUGCAACCCUGGUAGCACACAUAAGUUGGGGAUUUUUAAUAUUUUUUAUUUUAUUAUGUGUGGUACAUAUAUAUUUUUAAGUAUUAUAUGUUGAAGCAUGCAUACGCGAUGAUUGUGAUAAGAUACAUACAUAUUAGGGUGGGUCAAAAAAUUUUUAAUAUUUUUUUUUAUAGCUUGGAACACUGACGAAUGGUUUUUAGACAUCUCUAAAAAGUCUGAAGAACAGGCUUUUCGACAUCUCUAAGAAAGUCUAUCCAAAGAAGAAUUCAAAUAUCGCUUCCUGCUACUUGAAAAAAUAACUCGUUUCAUAGAUUUUGUGGGAAAUUGAACGCUCUGCAAAAAGAUAGAGACCAUUUUGUAGAGCAAUAAGUUUCAUACAAACUAUGAGUUUUCCGUUUAAUAAUAAUAUUUUUUUCAUUGCUUUAAUCUGCCUUAAAAUAAUCAAGCUUUAACCGUUAAUAUCUUUUUAACGGUUAGGUUUUCGAAAAAAUCGUCAGAGAGCUUUUUGUGGGGCAUUCAAUAUCAAAAUUUAUGAAAUAGUUAUUUUUUCGGGUAGUUGGAAGCGAACUAUAAAUUUUUCUAACUGAGAAUGAGGAAAAUAGAAAGUCGUCCUCCUGCCUACCUUUCUGUCAAAAUUAAGAGCCUUAGACAACUCUUUCCGACAACCAGGCUAUCAAAAUAUUCGCUCCUAGAGGUGUCUUAAGUCCAAUUUUUCAGCGAACCAGGCGAAAAAAAAUAUUCGAUUUCUUUACCCACCCUAAUACAUAUGUAAGUGUGUAUAUACCUACAUGACAUAUUACAUGACAUCAACAAACAGUGUGUUCACACUAUGAUUUCUGUGUACAAAAAGCAUAUUUUCGAAUUAUUAGCGAAAUUUUAAAUAUGCCUAGCGGGUAUUUUUAUAUAAUUGUGUAUGUAUCUUUUAAUUAAGAACCCAAUGAAAGUUAUUGGAUGCAUAUAAAUGACAGAAAAAAGAACAUAACCUCAAAAAAAAUUAAUGCAUACAUUUUAGGUCAAUACAACAAAUGUUCUAACAUUUGUUUCGUUUUUUUUUCUGUUUUAUUAAUUUAAUCUACGCACUUAAGGCGUAAGUGACACGUUCUUAAAUGCCGAGAAUAACGACUUGUAACUAAGCAAAAAAAAAAAUAUAUAUAUAUACAUAUAUGUAUAUAUAUAAUAAAUAUUAGCAUAAAUUGAAAGGGGGAAAGCUACUAGUUUUAAGAGAUUUUUAGUGAUACAAUGUGACCUUAUUUGGAAAAAGUGAAAAUAUGACAAAAAAAAAACAUAAUUAAAUAAAUUAUUACACCAUAAUACUGACAUUAAACGCAUAAACUAAUUGAAUUGUGUUUAUAAGGUCAACUGUAGUUGUAAACAUAGCUUUACGCAUAUCAAAAAGCAUUCACUCGAAAAUCAUGAGAAUUAUUAUUUUAUUUAAAAAAAAUUCAGAUUUCUUAUCUAUCAACGGAAUUUUACCGGUAUAUCACCGAUAUUUAACCGGUAUGUCACUGAUAUUUUAGCGGUAUAUAACCGGUAUUUAAGCCAAUUAUGCAUAUUUAGCAUGCAAAAAUACAAAAAAAAAUCAUAAAAUAUGUUCGCCAAUAAAAAACUAAAUUGCUCUACCGUCAAAUGUCUGUUCAAACAUUUUCGCAUUCGUAAAUACACAUAUAUACAAUUAUAUACAUAUGUAUGUAUUAAUGUUUUUUUGUUCUUUGAAAUCCUGUACUAACAGUUCGGUCCCUUAUAUUCUUAGACAGGUUUCAAGCGGCAUCUAUGCCACAAAUACAUAUGCACGUGUGUUUAUUUGACAUUCACUUUAGCGCUUCUACAUAACCGAAAUUAUGGUUUUCAGUAGCUUUGCGUAUAAUGAAAGUAAUGAUAUUAAUUCAAAAAAGCAGCAUAAUAUUCUGAUAAGUAAUGAAUUGCAUAAUAAAUAAUGAUUAAAUUAUAAAUAUUUAUAAUAUAUAAGAAAUAAGUUUAAUAUUUAAGUACUGGUUAUACAAAUUGACUUAUGUAAACAAAAUUUGUACGUUUAAAAUAUGUGCGAAUUGUAUAAUCGUAGGCAGUCGGAUAUACAGUGACACUGUUUUCUUUUUUUAACAAGCGAUAAAUUGUAAUUGUAGUUGAUAAAUAAAGUACUUAUUGAAAAGAGAAA